AUGGACCUCUCCGGCUUCGAUACCCAGUCCAUGACCUACCUGGCCACGCUGCAGCAGCACCCCAAUGUCGGCGGCAGCCAGGAUCCCUUCCAGGAGAUGCUGCUACCCACUGAGUUUGGCGACCACCAGUCUACGUAUGGCGGCUAUGCAGGGAGCGACGACCUCAAUCUGCAUGGCUUGCAAGCCCCGCAGCAGCAGCACAACCUCAAGCGAUUCGCAGCGAGCGCCUACGAAGACCCAUUCUCAGAUGUUGUCAGCGCAUUCGACAACCCAGUACACAAUGAGCCCCAGGACCCAGAGACGCCCUCAAUCGAUCGAGACAACAAGCUCCUCAGCUUCUCGUUACCCAGCUUCGACUACACACUCCUCGAUUACACCUACCGCCGAACCACGAUAUCGCUAUCAGCUCAGCUCCAUGGCAUGUUCUUCUUGGCCGAGUCGCCUUGGGCGUCUGCGGGAGAUGCAAAUCCACCGCCGUCAGAGCUCACUUGCUAUCGACGAAAUCUGUUUCAGAUCACUGGAGAAAUCACAUUACCGAGGACACUCCGAUAUAUCAUGACCGACCAGGGAGAACAGAUACCGAUCAUUGGGCAAGAGCUGGUGAUAAGCGCGACAGAAUCAACAGAGGGCAACUCGGUCAAGAUCAUAUCAGUGCCGUGGAAGACGCCAGCGAAUCCCAAUGCGCCGGUGCCAGAGGAUAAGGUGGAGCGAGAGCCACCAUCAAUACCCCUGGAUCUCAUGAACGUACAAGAGAUGAGCACCGACUUUGCUAGCUUCCCAUUUCAAUGGAAGCGAUUGCAAUUCAGAAUCGCUACAGCGAACAAUGGAAGGAGAAAGGAGCUACAGCAGCACUUCGUUGUGAGACUGAAAGUGCUGGCCACGCUCGCGACUGGCGGCAAGAUUCCAAUCUGCGAAGUGCAAUCUGGGGCGAUUAUCGUUCGUGGGCGAAGUCCGCGCAACUUCCAAUCAAGGAAAGAUUUGCCAUUGAACGGCGGUGGGCAUGUGAGGAAGUCUUCAACGUUGGCAGGACAGCAGCCCACUCGAGCUGCAACGGUAGCUGGAGAAAAGAUCAGGAACGAAGCUCCAACAUCUGCUCCAGUGAAGACAGAGGCACCAGCGCCAGCAUUGUCAAUGGCCGGCUUCUACGAUAACAACGACGUAGGUGCGAACAACGAUACCUUCGAUUGGGCACAAGCCAAUGCGGGAGCUCAAGCGGACGACACAGCAGCGCAAGAGCCCAGAACAACACCACCAAAUGCCGCCUAUGCAUACGCCAGAUCCUCACCAGGUCAAAUGCGACCUCCCCAGGCUCCACGCCCAUCAAUCGCGCCCAUCAACUUAUCCCUAGUCGAAGACGACUCACCCAGAGCUGGAAGCAGCGCAACACCACCAGAUGGCCGUGCCGCGAAGAAGCUCCACAUACCCCCUCGACCUCCUUCCUUCUCGAUCAAUACGAUCAACAGUCCGGAUGAGAGCGCGGAUCUUUUGUAUGAAUACUUUCCUCUUGGAUUAGAUGACUGGAUGCCUCCGGUGGACGCGGUGUAUAGACCUCACGUGGUGCAUCAUACGAAGCUUCCUUCGGAUCCUAGGGACCCGACUAUGAGUGCUAAGUCCAGGAGCAAACGACUUUACGUUAGCUGA